AUGUUGGUGGCUUCAAACACUAAGCUGCCGUUUCCAAAGUUGCAAGUCUUGGAUGUAUCACAUAAUGCAUUUAUUGGCUCUCUACCUGAGAGAUAUCUCAACAACUUGCGAGGUAUGAUAGAUGCCAAGGAAAACCAGACCGAUGAUGGAGAAAAUUUAUUUCUAAAAUAUAUAAAGUUGAGGCUCACAUUGAAAGGAUUAGAUCAGUUAUUGCAGCGACUACUUAAUACCUUUACAACUAUUGACUUGUCCUCCAACAAAUUCUCUGGGACCAUUCCACCUUCUAUAGCGAAUCUUACGUCUAUUAGAUACUUGAAUUUGUCCCACAAUACCAUUGGAGGACAUAUACCGGCAUCUCUUGGAGAUAUGAGUAUCCUCGAGUCGUUGGAUUUGUCUUCGAACAAACUGGAUGGAGAAAUUCCACGUGAAUUGGCAAAGCUGACAUUUCUUGCGAAGUUGAACCUUUCGAUGAAUAAUCUUAAGGGAAAAAUACCACAGUUUGGUCAACUUUCCACGUUUGAGAAUAAUUCAUAUGCGGGAAAUGUAGGGUUGUGUGGAUUUCCACUGACGAGAAAAUGUGAGGGGGGCGAUGGAAAAUGGAAACCAUCACCUCUUCAUGUGGAAGUGGAAUCGGAUGUGGAGGUGGAGUGGAUUUAUGUGUUUAUUGCUCUUGGAUAUGUUGUGAGCAUAGGAAUCUUUUCUUGGCUGCUUUUAUUUUGGCGAAGUUUCAGGUAUAAAUACUAUGAGAUAGUUGACUAUGUUUUAGAGAAGAUCUUUGACUUUUGCCAGUGCAGGAAGAAAAGAGAGAGACGAAGAAGAACUGUGAGGAAUCUGGCUAGAAGACAGUCGUGA